AACGCAGCGGAUCUCCACCACCACUCAUAAGAAACAAUAUAAAUCCCCCUUCCCCGUCGGAAUCAAUCGAUAGGCGAAUCCAAUCCGCAGGCAGAUCUGGAGGGAAAGGAAACUUCUUUGGUUUCGUUAUGCCAUAUUUCUUCUGCUGUUGUUGAAUGGUGCUCCUACAUGUCCUAGAACUGAAGUGUAAUGGGUGAGAUGAUGGAUAUAGAAGUUCCUAAGGAGGUUGCCAAGCCCAUGACCGUCUACGUAUGGGACAUGGACGAGACGCUUAUACUGUUUAAGUCCUUGUUGGAUGGGACGUAUGCAGCGGCCUUUGAUGGUUUGAAGGACACAAGAAUCGGUGUUGAGAUUGGGAAGCGUUGGGAGAACCACAUCCUUCGAGUUUGUGAUGAACAUUUCUUCUACGAAGAGAUUGAAAACUACAAUGAGCCAUUUCUUCAUUCUUUGAGUGAAUAUGAUGAUGGGCAAGACUUGUCGAAUUAUGAUUUCAACAAUGAUGGGUUUUGUUUCCCAUAUGAUGAUUCCAACAAAAAGAAACUUGCAUAUCGACAUCGCUUAAUUGCACAGAAGUACUCACAGGGUUUAAAUAAGGUACUCAACCAAGAGAUGAUUAAGCUCUGGAAUGAUUUAUACAAUUCGACUGAUAACUAUACGGAUGGUUGGCUUUCUUCUGGACAUGCAUUGUUGGAGCAAACUAUGGGUAAAACUAGCUUUUCAGCUAGUGAUCUUUCGUCAGAUAUGGAACCUGGUUCUAUCACAACCAAAUGUCAAAAUAUCAAUGUCUUAGUCACUUCAGGAGCCCUGAUUCCCAGUCUUGCCAAGUGUUUGCUUUAUCGGUUGGAUGAUGUAAUCUCAGCUAAUAACGUUUACAGCUCCUGGGAAGUAGGGAAGCUUCAAUGCUUUUCAUGGAUCAAAGAGCGGUUUGGUGGCCCGAAUGUCCGAUUCUGUGCAAUUGGAGAUGGACCUGAAGAAUGUGAAGCUGCCCAAGCGAUGAGAUGGCCAUUUAUCAAAAUAGAUCUGCGACCCAGUAGCCCUCAUCGGUUUCCAGGUCUUGAUAUGAAAAUGGUUGGGAGCUAUAUUGAUGUGAUAUACGGAGCAGCAGAUGCUGGUGCAGAAGAAGAGAAAGAGUAAUUGGAUGCCACACAUCCACUGAACCUGUCCCUUUGUUCCCAAACUGUGACCAACUCUUCUGCUUUCUUCCAACUAUGAUCUGAAUGAACGAAUCAUGGAUUCACGAGCUUUUUCCUGCACAUAAGGAUUUGAAUAGAGUUGCGAGGAUAAUUCUCUGUAAAUAGCCAUCCUUUUAUUGGUUUUUUCGAGCUUUAUGACCAAUGCUAGCUGCUUACUCGUGUAGUUUAUGUAGCAUAACUAUCCAUUGCUCGAAUGGAUGGUUAAUUUUGUAUAAUACAGUAGAGAUCUCAUU